CGGCGGCCGCCCCCGAGCAGAUUCCCAUGCCUCACAACAGCUCAUCUGUGUUUGCAUGACAGCAAAGCUCCAACGGCCCGGUGAAGAAGUCUAUGCGAGAGAAGGCUGUGGAACGCAGGAAUGUUAACAAGGAGCACAACAGCAACUUCAAAGCGGGAUACAUUCCCAUUGAUGAAGACCGUCUCCAUAAGACAGGCUUACGUGGCAGGAAAGGCAACUUGGCUAUUUGUGUGAUUGUUCUUCUUUUUAUUUUGGCUGUCAUCAAUCUCGUUAUUACAUUAGUUAUCUGGGCAGUGAUUCGAAUCGGCCCCAAUGGCUGUGACAGUAUGGAGUUCCAUGAGAGUGGCCUCUUGAGGUUUAAGCAAGUUUCUGACAUGGGUGUCAUACAUCCAUUAUAUAAAAGCACUGUAGGAGGCAGGCGUAAUGAAGAUUUGGUGAUCACUGGAAACAAUCAGCCUAUUGUAUUUCAGCAAGGCACAACUAAGCUUAGCGUGGAAAAAGACAAAACAUCUAUUACCAGUGAUGUUGGGAUGGAAUUUGUUGACCCAAGGACACAAAAUACCUUGUUCAGCACAGACUAUGAAACUCACGAGUUCCAUCUGCCGAAUGGAGUUAAGAUCUUGAAUGUACAGAAAGCCUCUACAGAGAGGAUUACCAGCAAUGCAACCAGUGAUCUAAACAUAAAGGUUGAUGGCCGUGCUAUUGUUCGUGGAAAUGAAGGUGUUUUCAUCACAGGCAAGACCAUUGAGUUUCGAAUGGGGGGUAACAUGGAACUUAAAGCAGAAAACAGUAUCAUCCUGAAUGGAACUGUGAUGGUCAGCCCAAUGAGACUGCCAAGUUCUUCUUACGGGGAACAGUUUAAUAACGGCAACUGGCUGCGUUUCAAGCUCUGCAUGUGUGCAGACGGGACACUGUUCAAGGUUCAGGUGACAGGUUAUAACAUGGGGUGCCAGACUUCUGUCAAUCCGUGUGGAGCCACGCACUAGAGUGCAAACCACUACCAGGAGAGUUCUCUUUUGUGUUUACAUGUAUUUGUAUGAAGUAAUUGCAUGCCUUCAAGGAUUUCUGUUUUUACAGCAGUUUAUGCUAACAUUUAUUACAUAAUAUUUUAAAGCAAAGGCUGUUGUGUUCAGCAGUAUUUCGGCCCUGUCCUGUUAGCUGCAGCAGUGGCACUGAUGUACUGAGCUUUUCGUCUACAUGCCUUCUGAAGUACCUUCCUGAAUUUGGAUCAGUAGAGUAUAUAUUCAACCAAUGUGAUCUCAGCAACAAUCUUGACUGCCUUCGGUUGCGUUUAAAGGAAGUUUGCCCUGCCCCCCAAGACCUCAAGGGCUGCUGAGAACACAACUGCAAUCUGAAAUACUUCAGUAGGAAUAUCAAUCUGUUGUUGGAAGUGCAUUUGCCUGGGAUGGCUGAAGUGGCCAUUUCUGUCUUCAUUUCUUGCCAAAGGCUGACAGAAUGAUUUCCCCAAAAAUUAUGUGGUUUACCAUAUGUGUACUAAGAGGAGUGAUGGCACACUCAUUUUAAAAUACUGCAUUAUUUCUGCGGUAUAUUCCCAUGUAAUUAAAGAAAAAAAGUAUGCUAGCACAAAUAUUUGCAAGUAUCAAUAAUACCAAGUUUGGAAAUGUAACUCCAAUUUCAAAGUAAUCUUGCAGUUAUUUAAGUGUUGCUUGAGCUCCCAGUCUAUCUGUGCAGUUUAGGGAUUCUACAGUUGCUUAAUUUAUGUGAAGUAUUUGUAAAAUGUAUUUAUAUUAGAAGUACAUUUUUAAAGAUGCACUUAAAACUUGCUCACUACCCAAAAGUAAUUUCCUGCAUGGUUGAAUGUGAACAGUUACUCAACAGGUAAUAAUCUGGAGCAUGACUUUAAGCAGCAGUGUGUGAGAUCAGAUCUCUUUCUCCCUAUAAACAUCAGAACUGAUGCAUUAUUGAGAACCUCAGAAUUAAAUUCUGGAGUAAAAUUACAGGUCUGUAAAUCUAAAGGUGAGGGCACCAACUCCUAUGACAGCAGAGUAUAUACAUGUGCAUCUGAAGUUGUCGGCAGUGAAACUGUGCCUGUGGUGAACUGGGACCUUAUAGAAACUGUUAAUAGCCUUGUAAGUGCUUUUGCAGAGGUAAGGUGUUGUGUACUAAAAACAGACCAGCUCAUUGUAAGUUUCCCACUCCACCACCCUCCAUAUUUUCUUCAUUUUAAAAUCGUUUUGUUUCACAGUCACAUCAAGUAACAUUUACUUCGCAAGUAGUUUUUUGACAAGUUUUUCUAGAUAAGCACACAAUUCUCUUCCUAGAAGUUGUGCAAAUGUUACACAUUAACUUAAGAAUUGGUAAUUUGUUUAGGGAAGAUAAAGUAUCUGCCCUUGUUUUAUAGCUCUCGAAGUACUUAGAAUUCCACAAGAUACAAAUCAGCUCCUGCUGCAACAAGAAGUUCGUAUCUAACGUCCCAGUUGCUGUAUUUAUUAGCAGUCAGUAAGUCCUCACUCAGGGUGUGCGUGGGUGGAGGUGAUUUCUGGAGGGGGAAUCCUCAGGUCGGGCAUUCUGCCACACAGGAGGUUAGAGGGGUCAUUGCUCUAAGGCAAAGACUGACUUUGAUGCUCAGCAGUUGGGGUUGGAGGGGGUGGGUAGCCUUAGAGCUGCUCUAACAAACAGAAUAAGCAGAAUAAAAUGUAGCAAAAGUCACUGAAUUGCUCACAGUAAAGAUCACGGGAAAGUACUAACAUUUGGUAUAUUUUCUGAACUUCCUAGUGUUACUACAGUUAAUACUUGCUAACCACUUAAACACACAUUUUGCUGAAAACAUACAUACAUCAUUGUCACUAAGUAGUGCCCAAAUUAGUAUCUGUUACAGUAUUGAGAAGGAAAUAAACUAAAAAUGUUAGAAUUUUCACUCAUGCUAACGGAAGUUUGUCACUUUAUUUUUAUAUAAAUAGACACAUACUUAUAAAAUAUAAGCAGCAGCAUCCUUAAAGCUGAAAUCUUGAAAAUGGCAGAUACUGCCUUGGUCAAGUAGAUUACACAUGGAGAGCAUGUUAAAGCUCUUUGGUUAAUACUGACGUGCCUAUAUACAACUAUUAGAUUCUUGUGACUGUCAAGAGUUCUGUUUAAAAUACCAUACGCAACACAGCUGAAGGAUUUGUCACAAAGGUACUCUUAAAUCAUGGUCUGGAGAGUUGGUCUUGAAGUGUGGAUUUUUUGUUAAAAUGUAGCAAAACUGGUAAUACAGGUACCUAAUGAAAUAGAAUAUCUAUUUGUUACCACUAUUUAUGUACUGUUAAUAUUUUUAUUGCCUUCACUACACAGUUCGAGGAGUGUCAGCCCCACACAUGCCAUGUGCUGUGUAUUUAUUGGUUGUUUAUCUUCUAACUGCCUAAGGUACAUUUUUCUUUCUGUAUUUAAAGCAUGGUGUGGCACAUUACUUAUUGUAAUCCUACAGAUGCACUUAAGAUUGUGUGUUUAAAGUACAUUCUACAUGCCUGUGUGUAAAACACCUUACUGGGUACGUUGAAACAACUUAAAUGUGAAGAAUUUUCAGCAUAUGUAAAGGUGGUGGUUGUUUCAAUAAGUAGAAGACAAUUGAAUUUCUCAGCUUUGUUUUGUAAUGAAACAAUAAAUCCUAACAUAUGCA